UUACGACACAAGAAAAUGUCAAUGUGGAUGAGACCCUAGUGAACCCUACAAAAUUGAAAAAUUCAUUUUCUUUGCUGGAAAAUAAUAAUAUAUUAUUCGUGUGAUAUUUUCCAAGCGACCAGUGUUUUUCUCAUCCGUGAAUGUAGAUGUUGUGUGGAGAUAACGCUGUACCGGGUCUCAUUCCCUUUUCCAACCAACCUGCGACGACAAAUUCGGCGUCCUAGAUUUCGUUUCACAACACUGAGGAAUUUUCGAAUCUCAGGUGUUUAUCUGAUUUGAAGUAUUGUUGGUUCUCCUUGCUUGCACUUGGGGAGUAGUUUCUUGUGGUUGAAGUGGUGCAUGGUAGGUGUUUGAUUUAAUGCACAAUAUAGUAAGAGUGGGGAGGAGGAGUAGAUGUUUGGUGAGUCAAGGAUUGUGGUUUUGGUUUCCUUGAAGGGGUUUUCAGGUCUUCAUUCUUUAGUUUGUUACUGCCAGAACACCUGAAGGGUAUUUCACUAAUUCAUGGAAAGUUCUUCCCUUGACUGUUUGGUGCUAAUAAUUGAAAGAAAGAGUGUUGGCUCUGUUGUGGAGUUUGGUUAGUGGUUGUGGGAGGAAGUCAGGGAGGGGAGAAUGGAUUUGUGGGUUGUUGCAGCUGCUGCUGGAGCUGGGUAUUUGGCUAAAUAUUGGAACAAGAUUUCAAAAGAUGGUGAUAGCUCUUAUCGUUUGUCUUCGGAGGAUUCAAAUUUUGAGAAUCCUGAGUCCUCGAGCUGCCCCUUCUCCUUACUUAAACAAGCGCGGAAGGGUGAAUUGGGUAAAGAUGUUUCUUUAGAUAGAAGGGCUUCAAAGGGGAAGUCUUCAGAUGUGGACUUGCCGGAUGAUCUUGUGACAGGAGAAGUGGCUUCUAACAUUAGGCACUUCCAGAAUUACAGCAACAGUGAUGUCCUAUCGAUAUCGAACUUAGUAGUACCGUUAUCACAAAGUGACGGUAACUUCAAGAAUUUUGAAGACGGAAUUGAACAAAGCUCCAAUAUUGGUGGCAAUCAUGGUUUCUUUGUUCCUGAUUCUUCUGCCAAAGUGGUUCCUGUUCAUAACUCUUCUGGACAUAAAACCUUUCUCAGGACUAGAAAUUUGUCUGGGCACAUUAGUAAACCUUUAAAUUCCUUAGAAAGUUGUUUUAUGGCUCAGCUAUACAAAGAGCAUGCCAAAAUAGAAGAAUACGUCUUUAGUCCUCUUUCAUCGUCAUCCACGACAACGAGGUCACUUCUUGUAAGCAAUGGAAGCCAAAUAAUCAACCAUGCAAAUGAUAUUUCGUUAAGUGCAUCAUUUGGGAUCAAGGAAUAUAAGUUGCAUAAAGACGCCAGUCAAGUAAGAGAUGAAAAUGUAUUUGGGAUUCCUUCCUUACCCAAACUCAGGACUUCAAAUGAAGCGAAGAAGAUGAAAUUAAAUGCAUUCACUGGGCGAAGCAGAAGAUUGAGCUCUUCCGGAGAUUUGUUUAGCGGAAAACUCAUCCAUACUCAUUGUGAUCCAACAUUUCUCUUCAGUCUUGGGAUUUCUUUCGGGAUGAUAGCUUCCAUCGUGGAAAAUAAAAAAGAAAUGGAUAGCCUAAGAGAACUGUUGAAGCAGACUGAAAACUUGGUUCAAGAUCUACAAGAGGAACUAGAAAUGAAAGAUUCAUUGACUGUGAAGGAGAUAAAUAAUGAAAAUUAUGGUUCCCAGGAUACAUGUGAUCAUUCCUCCUAUGAUAAGGAGCUAAAUGAAUUUUCCCCUGAAAAGCAUAUGGAUAACUCUCCAAGAAUUAACUGCAAAGAAUCAUAUGAUAAGGCAGAACUAAGUUCAGAAUCUAUAAGCAAGAUUGAAGCUGAGCUUGAAGCUGAACUUGAGAGACUGGGGUUGGACAUGAAUGCAUCAAGCCUGGAAGGAAAAUUAUCUGAGCUUGUUGAGCUUGAACCAGAGUUUGUGGCUGAUUUUGCCAAGGGUGAGUUGCGAGUGGAGACUGUAGGUGGCAAAAACUUUGUACAUCCAAAAUCGAAUGAGGUUGCCAACGACACCACACCUCUCCCUGGAAACUAUGCAGUUUUGCCUCAUGAGCUGAGUUUGCGUUUGCAUGAAGUUAUACAAUCUCAACUUGAGCAACGCGUGAAAGAGCUUGAGAGUGCCCUUGAAAACAGCCAGAGGAAAAUACGGCUCAUGGAAUCAGAGCGUGAGGGUAAUUCACAGAAGGGAGAUUCCCUUACUAGUGGAAACCUGUUCACUUAUGAAGACUGUGACACUAUGUCACAGCCUUUAGUCCUCAAUUUAUCAGGUGAAGCUCUAGAUGCAUACAAUGAGGCCUAUGAAGAACUAAUAAGGAUAAAUGACUCUGAAGAAAAUUCACCAUCAGGCACCCAUGAUAGUGACCACAAAGAAGGUUUGCAUUCACUUGAUUGGAAUGCUUUAGAGGUUCAGCAUGAUGGAGAAAAUUGUUCCACACCUUACUCAACAAUUAAUGGAAGGAGACUCUCAGGGGAGCUCUCUUCUACCCAGGUGACAAUGUUCGAAGGUCAAAGUUCUAGGAUCUAUGAGUUAAAUGAUAUAGGAGAUGAAAGUUGUGAUGGUGAUAAUGAGGUGGAAAGGCAAUUGAUUAGGCAAAUUGUUGAAAGGUCUAAGAAAGGUUCUUCUGUUUUUCAAAAUGCACAAAAGAUGUUGUAUUCUAUGGAUGAUGAUGAACAUUGAUAUCAAUUUUGUAGGCAUGUAGGAAUAUAAAAGAGUAGUAUUUUCGUA